AUGAGCAAUAAGACCUUGAAGUCUGUUCUGUUUGACGAGAUCGUCAGUGAGGAGUCCAACGUCCUCUUCCAUGCACAUCGUAAGGCGACGUUUAAGAAGUGGUGUUUUGACAAGGGCGCUUCUCCAUGUUCUUCUGAUGCACUAGCCAAAGCCGGCUUUAUAUAUUCUGGAAGCAGACGCGAUCCUGCGGCAGCAACAUGUGUGUUCUGCUUUAAAGAGAUGAUAUUUGAGGAGCAGGAUGAUCCCUGGGAGGAACAUCGAGCGCACGCUAAGAGUUGUAGUUUUGUUGAACUGAAUAAGCUUGACGAGAAGGACUGGACAGUUCGCGAUUUCCUUUCGUUGUUGUCCGGUCGCAUAGCUGCUGCACAGGUAGGUUUUCCUUUAUGUCAGUACAGUUUCAGCAUCCUUAUUACGGUGUUUUAUUUUUUGAUGUUUUUUAUUAUUUUUAGAGGCGAACCAUACUAG